AUGAGCCCACACGGAAUGAGUCCCAGAGACCAAGUAAUCAACGGUGCCGACGUCGCAUAUUACGGACCAAUCACUAUUGACACACAAACUUUUAAUGUACAUUUCGAUACAUCAUUUUCUGACCUUUGGGUUCCGGGAGAGGCGCAGGGAAUAACGGGAUCAUCGGAUUUUACCAUCGCGGGCCUUAAAGUGACAGGUCAAAAAUUCGGAGUGGUCGAUACACUUAACGACCCUAGUAUGUUCAAUAGCUCAUUUGAUGGUAUGAUGGGAAUGGCAUAUGACAAAUUAAGUUUCAAUGGACAAACCACACCAAUGAUCUUACUUAAAAAUCAAGGUUUAAUUGAUUUAGCGAUAUUCGCCUUCAAGCUUGGAAGAGACGCAGAUAAAACGACAAGCGAAUUAAUAAUCGGCGGGACGAAUCUAUCCUUGUUCACUGGUCCGAGGCAACCUGUCAAUGUUAAAUCAGGAUUAGGCUUUCAAAACCGUACUGCAAAUAUUGAUACCGGAACUGCAUUUAUAUACGUUCCGCCACCCGAUGCCAAAAAAAUUUACACUUAUUCCUGGUUCUAG